AGCAGCAGCCCUCCCGGCGAUCUUCCCGGCGCCAUGAGGAGCGAGCCUGUGACCUGGUCCCCGGUCGCGGCCCAGGCGGCCUCGCUGCUUGAGGAGGCGACGGACCUGCUGGUGUUGCACCGGGACUUCGCCGCCGCCUUGGAGAGGUGUGAAGCUGGUUGCGACAGCCUGGGUACCGCGUCCGGCACCAGCCCCGUCCCCGAGAGUUCUGCAGAAGUGAAAUGCUCCCUUUGUGUUGUGGGCAUUCAGGCACUGGCUGAGAUGAACCGGUGGAGAGAAGUUCUGUCUUGGGUUUUACAGUAUUACCAUGACCCUGAACAUCUGCCUCCAAAAGUUCUGGAGCUGUGUAUCCUGCUAUACAGCAAAGUUAAAGAGCCGCAGGUGAUGCUGGAGGUUGGCAGUAGCUGGUUCAGAGACCAAAGCAAUAAGAGGCUCCCCGAGUACGGCUCCUUGCUGGAGCUCUAUCUGUUGCAUGCGUUGCUUCCCCUUGGCCGCUUUGAGGCAGCAGAGGAGCUUGUGCGCAGCUGUGACGUGUUUGACAGCGAGCAGCAGCAAGCCUUUCUGGGGACCAUUUCUGAAAGCCGAUGUCAGUGGACUCAGCGGGAAGACAGGUAUUCGGCUGCUGAACAGCAGGAAGACACAGCAACAGAAACUCUCUUGGGUGCUGUGUCCCAAAAGCUCUUGGCCAUGUUGACAUUUCUGCGUAGAGCACUGAGGUCCAUGUCUAGCCACUUCUCUUUACUUCCUUACAAAAAGAUGCUCUUGGCUACUUUUCUGCUGUACUUGGUGGUGGUGAGAUUAGACCCAGCUUCUCCUACGUCACUGCCAUUCAUUUACAAACUGGUGCAGCUCUUCCGACAGGCUUGGGCAGCGGUCUCUUCUCCGGUCCAUAGGUCUCCAGUUCAAGACUAAGUGUCUUCCAUCACAGAAUGCACUUUUCUCUCCUGCUGUAAAACUGACAGUUUGUCUUAAGGAUGUAAUCAGUCUCUUCAAAGACCAUUGAAAUUAGUGUUCCAGUUGGGAUGACUACUUGUGAGCUUCUGUGUGGCAAUACCUUGGCUCCUUCGUGUGGAGAACGGUGGUGUAUAAAUUUUGGAACCGCGACAAGUAUUCCUGGUGCUUUGCUUGGCUUUAUAGCACCAUUCUGUCCAACACUAGGGUAAAGAUACGUCUUCUGUCUCUGGAAUCAAGAAAGAAUCCUCUUUUUCAAACAAUUUGCUUCACCUGUAACUCGAGUGAGGGUUGUGUAGUCAGUAAUGACCUAUGGAAGAAGGCUCCAUCCUUGCAAAUGCUGGUCAGAUUGCUGAGCAAGUGAAAUGGCAUUCCUGGAGACACGACUGUAAAAGGCCUUUCAGUACAAGUAGAGGAAUAUUGUGGUUUGCCCAGAGACAUCUGAAAAGUCCAGUUCUGCAGCAGGGUAUCAAGAACAAGCAGAAGAAAACAAGUGGAAGAAAACCACUGGGGAAAGUGAAGCCUGAUGCAAGAUUUCUGUUGUGAUGCUUUCUUAUGAAAGUGCUUCUGAUUUUAGUCACGUUUCAGUCAGAAGGGCAAGGUCCUAGGCCACAAGAACUAAUAUGCUGUA